CAAAAAGCAAGGCACUCUGGUGCCUGGCUGCCCGGUGCUGCCCGCUGCCCGUUGCCCGUCGCCAUGCCUCGCAAAAUCGAAGAGAUCAAGGACUUCCUGCUGACAGCGUGGCGCAAGGAUGCCAAGUAUGUCAAGAUCAAGAAAAACAAGGACAGCGUGAAGUUCAGAGUGCGCUGCAGCAGGUACCCGUACACGCUGGUCAUCACGGACAAGGAGAAGGCGGAGAAGCUCAAGCAGUCGCUUUCCCUAGGCCUGGCGGUGAAGGAGCUGAAGUGAAGAGAAUGCUGGAACUGCAUUAAAGUUUUUAAAU